AUGUCCUCUGCGCCAUAUCACCCACUCGCCUCCUCCUCAUCUCGCGACUCCGCUCCCGUUAAUCCACCCCAGCCGUUAGUUCGUGAGUUAUACGGUGUAGGCCGCGGUCCUGGUUCAGGUUCGGCUCGCGCCCUGGCCUCCGGGCCAGGCUCGGAAUCUGCCUCGGCACAACAACCCGUAGGUUUGGCAACACAAGGAGCUCACCUCGCGGGAGGAUCUCCUGGUCUGGCGGCGCGGGGGAUCGCUGGAAGCGCCAAGACUGGUUCUGGCACGGUUUCCGUCGCAGAUAACGGCGGCGAUGACGUGGAACGAUGGAGGGAAGCUGUUCAGGGGCUUCGCGACGCGGAGAGCUUGGUGGGAGCGCUGGAGCAGCUGCUGCUGGGUCCAGAUACGCUGUUUCUAGACGCCAACACGAUGCGAUCGGCGCGGAGUGUGUACGACGGGCAACGGCAGCUGCAUGCGCUGAACCGGCGCGUGGCGGGGCUGCAGGGGGAGCUGGACGCGGCGGUGGAGGCGGCGAGAGAGGCGCGCGCGGGGAGGCGGGAGAGCGAGGAGGAGCGACGGCGCAUGCAGGACGCACUGGCACAGGCGCAACGCGACAUGGAGGCCACCUCAGUCACUCCUCUACCACCGCCCUCCCCUUCUCCCCGACUCGCAGGCGUGUUUGACCUGUACACAACUGCUAUAGACGCCCCGUCUCCUGCUCCUGCUGCUCUAGCAACGGGAGCUGCCCGUGCCGCUCGUGCUGGUGCUGUGUCGGCAUGGGUUGCCGGUGCUGCUGUUAGUGCUGGCGUGGCUUCUCCACACGCUUCAGUGCAAAGCUUAUUGGUAGAAGCAGGGCAACAAGUGGCAGGUGAGGAGGAGAAGACAGGUGGGGCUGUUGAGGCGCUAGGAGGCAGGCAAGAGGAGCAUGGGAGGGAACUGGUGAACGGCAAGGAGGAGGAAGGGCAGGAGAUGGGGACUGUUGGAGUGAGUGGUGGCAGCAAGAGGGUUGUUUCCCAGGAGGAAGGUACCGGUACCAGCAAUACAGAAGGGGAUGAUGAUGAAUUUCUGGACUCUCUACAGUGA